UUGGCAUUCCGCACAAUACCAACCGUGAGGCGAUCGCCUAAAUGCUCAAGGAAGUUGAAGUUCCAGCAUUCGAUCCCCAACCGAACCCAGUCCCGAACAACGCCGCCGACAACGCCAACAUUGCAGUGCCACAGAACGACUUAGAGCGCUUAGACGACCUACUGGACGAACUGCCGGAAAGGGAUGAGCUCGAGGAAGUGCACCUUGAGACGCUGGAUUUUGAGAAGGACGUUGAUGCAAACUUCCACAUGGACUUCAUCGUGGCGGCCUCAAACCUGCGUGCCGCCAACUACGACAUCGAGCCGGCCGACCGGCUCAAGAUCAAGCUCAUCGCGGGCAAGAUCAUACCGGCCAUUGCCACCACCACAUCGCUCGUCGCUGGUCUCGCCUGCCUCGAGUUGUACAAGGUGACGUAA